GGUAGGGGCGGCGCUGAGGGGGGCGGGCGGUGGCGGCGGGCGGUGGCUGUGGCCCCUCGGCUCCCUGCGGUUCCCUCUCGGCGAUGCCCGGUGCCGCGGAGUGAAGCCGCCGCUGCCUCUUUCCCCUUCCCCGAGAUGGGCGACGUGAACUCCAACGUGCCGCUGACGGCCGCCCGCAGCACCGGCGACGCGCAGCUGGACCGGGCGGUGUGGCAGUGGCUGAGCUGGGACAAGAACCAAAAAACAAAAGAACAGAUCGAGAACUUGUUACAGGAUGGGAAGCAUAAGGAGCUACGGGAUCGUCUCUGCUGCAGGCUGACCUUUGGGACUGCCGGGCUCCGCUCUGCCAUGGGAGCGGGCUUCUGCUACAUCAAUGACCUUACGGUGAUCCAGUCAACGCAGGGGAUCUACAAGUAUCUGGAGAGGAGUUUCUCAGACUUUAAGCAGAGAGGCUUUGUUGUUGGAUAUGACACACGAGGUCAGGUGACCAGCAACUGCAGCAGUAAGAAACUUGCAAAGCUCACUGCAGCUGUCCUACUGGCUAAAGAUGUACCUGUAUACUUCUUUUCAACAUACGUCCCUACGCCUUUUGUGCCCUAUGCUGUUCAGCAGCUGAAAGCUGUUGCUGGCGUGAUGAUCACAGCAUCCCACAACCGUAAGGAGGACAAUGGAUAUAAGGUUUAUUGGGAAAAUGGAGCACAGAUCACAUCUCCUCACGAUAAGGAAAUUAUAAAAUGUAUAGAAGAGUGCGUUGAACCAUGGAACGGCUCCUGGAAUGACAAUCUCGUGGAUACCAGUCCUCUUAGACAGGAUCCUCUGAAGAAAAUUUGUGACUGUUACAUGGAAGAUCUGAAAAAGAUCUGUUAUCAUAGGGAACUAAACAUGCAAACAAAUUUGAAGUUUGUUCAUACCUCGUUUCAUGGAGUUGGACAUGACUACGUGCAGUUGGCUUUCAAGGCCUUUGGCUUUCAACCCCCCAUUCCAGUACCUGAACAAAAAGAUCCAGAUCCAGACUUCUCUACUGUCAAAUGCCCAAAUCCCGAAGAAGGAGAAUCUGUGCUGGAGUUGUCACUGAGGCUUGCAGAGAAAGAAAGCGCUAAAGUAGUCGUGGCCACCGAUCCAGAUGCAGAUAGACUGGCAGUGGCAGAACAGCAGGACAAUGGCUGCUGGAAAGUGUUCACUGGCAACGAGCUAGCAGCUUUGUUUGGGUGGUGGAUGUUUUCAUGCUGGAAGGAAAACUGCUCCAAAGAUGCUGAUGUGAAGAAUGUUUACAUGUUAGCGACCACAGUUUCCUCAAAAAUUUUGAGGGCAAUUGCACUUAAAGAAGGAUUUCACUUUGAAGAAACACUCCCUGGUUUUAAGUGGAUUGGAAGUAGAGUGAAAGAUCUCCUAGAUAACGGAAAAGAAGUUCUCUUUGCCUUUGAAGAGUCUAUCGGCUUCAUGUGUGGCACGUCGGUGUUGGAUAAAGACGGUGUAAGUGCAGCUGUGGUCGUAGCUGAAAUGGCAACCUACCUGGAAAGCAAGAACCUGUCGCUGGCACAGAAACUCAUUGAGGUAUAUGAAACGUAUGGAUAUCACAUAUCAAAGACUUCCUAUUUCUUGUGCUAUGAUCCUCCUACUAUCAAAAGGAUAUUUGAGAAGCUUCGGAACUUUGAUGCCCCUCAGUCUUACCCAAAGUUUUGUGGUAUUUACAAUAUCCUACACGUACGAGAUAUUACCACUGGCUAUGAUAGCAGCCAGCCGAAUAAGAAAUCGGUGCUGCCGGUGAGUAAAAGCAGUCAGAUGAUCACUUUCACAUUUCAAAAUGGUUGUGUUGCCACCCUUCGGACAAGUGGAACAGAACCAAAGAUCAAGUACUACGCGGAGAUGUGUGCGCAGCCUGAACAGAGUGACAGAACCGUGCUGGAAGAAGAACUUCAGAAGCUUGUCGGAGCUUUGAUUGAGAGUUUUCUUGAACCUGAUAAGAACGGACUGAUCUGGCGCUCCGCUUAGGUCUCCUGGAUAAAGAAGGGACUGCUUGCACUGCGUUACUUCAAACAAAGGAACCAAGAACAGGACUUGACUGAAUACGUGUGUGUGUGUGUGUGUGUGUGUGUGUUUAAACAAGCAGCUACAUUUUUAUUCUAUAACGAAGAAGCAUCCUUUUGUCAGAACUCUGGGCUAGCAAACUAGGAUAAACGGAGAAAGUGGAAGAGGGGUGGAAUUGAUUACCUGGACUUUCCUCUUCUUUUGACCAAAAGACUAAUUGACCCGCACCAAUGCGAAUGAACUGCCACAGCAGCUUUAAAAGAGUUGUCUGGGUCUCGUCUUAAACUAAUUUCAGGUAUCCAGCACCUCUUCUGUGGCUUUAGAAUGGAAUAAUCGUAGUGUUUGAAGGAAGCCAUCACCCCAAGCUGACAAAAAAGCCUGCUUCUUCCUAGCUGUUCUGCGUGACUGCUGGUGGUGUUCUUACAGGUCUUAAUUUCCAACCGUGUUGAAGUAGAAUUCAGUGCUUGGCAUAUCUGCUGUAGACCAGUUGUUCCCAUACAACGUUUUUCAGCUCCUUAAGUAUCCUUCUGUUGUUAAAGGUGCUCUUGCUGUGGUGUUUCUUUCCUGUGCGUAUCUUAAAAUAUUUUCUGGAGAGUGAAAUGAUAGUGGCAACACAUGCAGUUCCACUUGCAGGCUGUUCUUUGAGUCCCGUGGUGCCUUUCCAAGGCUUCCAAAGGAGUAGAAACCUGUUCAUUUCUUGGUUCAGUUGCCUGUUCUAACCAUUACAGGCUUUAUAGCUGGUUUUUUGGUCCCGUAUCUCUGAAGGGACUUUACUUUUUUUUUUUUUUUUUUAAUAAAGGUUUCAGAAAUUCAGUAACUUUGUAUGAAAAUUCCAGCUAGUGACUUUUUUGGGACUUCUUUGGUUUUGAUGGCUUGAAGUCAGAAUGUCCCUGUGUUUAAAGAAACAAAAGCAGGGGGGAGAAUUGAGGUCAGACUUUUUACUAAAUCUUAGUGUCACGUCUUAUAAACUACCUUCUGUGUUCGUUUAAGGCACAAUUUUUACUUCUCACUAUUUUCUGUCUUUGGGCAGAAAGUGAUCCUCUUAAUCACUUUUUUCUAAAAAAAAGAUAAAACAGUAAUACUGAUACAGAAGCGUGUAGAUGUGUACCAAUUCCAAAUAUGAAAGCCAUGUUUUGGCACAGGAAAGCUCUUAAAGAUGCUUUAACUGAAACAACACUGAGGAAAAACUGGAUAUUGAUUAACUGAGAACAAUAUUCAUUAGCGUUUUCUACUAAAUUGCCAACAGCCUUCAAAAUCAAGUCAGUGAUCUUGUGGACAUCUGUCCGCUCUCUUUACAGUAAUUAAAGAGAAGAAAUAGGUUAAAAACUGAACUGCAGGUUGCAUGAGAAGAACCUAAGGUGCACUGAAGUUAAAGCCAUCGCUUUCCCCCUGUUAAAUACCUAAACUCGUCCUCCACCUUCUUGUCCCUUGCAGCUUGAUGCCGCAGGACCAUGCGGAGUGGUUUUGUAUGUGUUGCACCUAGACGGCUUUUAAAGAGCACCGAGGUUCCUCUGUCUGUGCGGGUAUCGGGUAUUUCAUGCUGGUAGAAGCUUUGCACUAUAACCGUGGAUAAGUAUUUUUGCCGUAUGUGAACGUACAUGUACCGCAGAAAGUCUGUGUUGCACAAACUCGUACUUACCACCGAUAUUUAUUUAUUUUUUAUUUUAAGAGAAAACGUUUCCAGAAUGUUCUGCAACUGAGUGAAAUGUUUCUGAUGCCAAAAA